GCGUAAGGGCCCCCGGGAGUUAAAAGAUCAACCAGAGGCUUCGAGUAAAACAAACUGAAUAUUUGGUUGUACUUCAUCAUGAUGGUAGCACUGAUUAAUCUGUUUUAUUUACAUGGGAAGUAUGUAAACAAAUGGUGUUCUCGAAAAAAAUAAGUUUUGUGAUUAAUAAUUUUACUUGUAUGAAAUGGGUAGUUGUAGUGAAGUUGUUUCUCUACAACUCGGUAACUAUGCUAAUCAUAUCGGUGCACAUUGGUGGAAUCUUCAAGAGCUGAGUUUUGUCUACAAGUCCGACACGCCUUCCGAAAUCAACCAUGAUGUUCUAUUUCGAGAAGGGUUGACGCCAAAUGGGGACGUGACGUACACCCCUCGCCUGCUGCUGGUGGACCUGAAGGGCAGCCUGGGACACCUGCCGGAGCGCGGGGAGCUGUACGAGGGGCCGGCCGCGCCAGGGCUCGGCGCGGUGCCCUGGCCCCAGGACCGGGUGGAGGUGCGUGCCGCGCCGCGCCGCGAGAAGAACGCCUACCUGCAGGAUGUGGACCAGCGGCACGCCAUGCAGCUCGAUGACCCCAGCACGGCGCUGAAGGUGUACCGGCUGGAAGGGGAGGUGGAGGGGUGGACGGACUACCUGCGGCCGCGCCUGCACCCUAGCACGGUGUCCGUGGUGAGCAGCUACGAGCACGGCUCCGCGGAGCGACCCUUCGACAUGCACCAGCUGGGCUCCGCGCUGUGGGCCACCGACCAGUUCCGGGACGACUUCGCCGACCGCACCCGGCGCUUCGUGGAGGAGUGCGACAACAUGCAGGGCUUCCACCUGCUGCUGGACGCUGCGGACGGCUUCAGCGGGCUGGGCGCGGGCCUGCUGGCACACCUGCGCGACGAGUACCCGCGCAAGGACGUGCUGGCCUUCCCCUGCCUGCCGGGCUCGGGCGUGCGGUCGCGCGACGGUGCGCACGCCCUCAACACGGCGCUGUGCGUGCGCGACCUGGCCGAGCACGCCUCCUUGUUCGCCCCGCUGUGCCUGGGGCGCGCCGGCUGGGGCCGGCCCGGCCCGCCGCGCGUCCUCCCGCACGUGCAGUACGACGUGGACCUGCCGUACCACACAGGGGCGAUCCUGGCGGCCGCGCUGGACACGCUCACCCUGCGGUACCGCCUGCGUGCGGGCCCGCCCUCCUCCCUGGGCGAGAUGUGCGCGGAGCUGGGGCGUGCGGGGCGCCGCGCGGCCGCGGCCAGCGUGGGGCUGCCCUUCCCGCUGCGGCCGGACGCCUGCCUGCUGGAUGCGCUGGAGGCCUGGGAGGGCCCCCUCUGGACCUGCCUGUCGCCCGGCUGCUCCCUGGACGACGACCGCAUCUGGGUGCAGUCCGUGGCGCUGCGCGGCGUAGCGCCCAACCGCCUCAGGAGGCCGGAGACGCCCCUGCAGAGCGGCAACCCGGCGCACGCCUGCUCCACGGUCCAGGAGAUGCUGCGACUCUUCCUCUCGUGCUGCAGCUACGCCACGCUCUCGCACGUCACGGCCGCCAGCUCCGCAUGCCGCGCCUCCGCUCCCUUCCCCCACUUCUUCUCCGACCGCGUGCAGGUGGACGGCUCGGUGGGCGUCGCCGCUCGCUUCCCCGACACCAGUGUGUACUCGGUGCCGGCGGUGGCGGGCCUCCACUCCACCGAGAGCAUGGGCGCCGCGCUGGAGGCGCUGCACGGCGAGGCGGCGCGCCUGAGGCCGGCGCGGCUGCACAGGUUCCGCGCGGCCGGCCUCGAGGACGACGAGCUGGGCGAGGCGCUGGAGCAGCUGUUGCAGCUGCGCGAGUGCUACUGCAUGCAGUUCGACGUGUAGCCGUGCGCGUGUGCUGCCGGGCGUGUGGCGUUCAGCGUGCAGCCGUGCGCGCAGUUCCACUCGCGUGCUCAACAUGCGCUGAUGAACGUAGCUUGACUUUGUGACAGCGUGCGACAUUCGCAGUUCGUUAUUCAAUGAUGCGUGCUGCCUGACAUUCAGUGUCAUUGCUGCCCAACGCUGUGGACAUUAUUAUGUGAUCGUAAACCUUAAACUGUUUGAUCAACAUUUUUUUUCUAUACGAUGUUCUUGGGAGGGUGAAAAGUUGACUAUGUUUCUUAGUUUGCCAUCAACUGUGGAAUUUCUUAUAGGGAUGGGUGGAUUCCACUUUUCUCCUAUUUAGAUUCCUUAAUAACCCGUGAUUUCAGGUUCGAUUCUGAUUCCAAUUCACAAAUUUACUUUCUUUCGGAAUGAAAUCAGGGAAAUUCAAGCAGAAUAAAGAUUAACUCUAAAGAAGUCUAAAUAUACGUACAUUUUCUGACAAAAUGAAUAAUAUUAGCCCUAAAUAUAACAAUUUUUUUACUUGCUCACUUUACGUACAUUCCUUUGAAUUUGGUCUUCAAGCAGUAAAUUCAACAAAAAGAUUUUACAUUUUAAAAGCUUGAUUGUUUGUAGUAUUUCUGUCCCCCCAUCCCCUCCAAAAAAAACAACAUAUCAGCGCCUAAUAAUUAAAUAAUCAUGUUUAGCGUGCAAAUGAUAAAUUAUUUUAGUGUCUAUUUAGCCACCGUGGUUCACCAUCAACAAAUAUUUGCAAAUACAUAAUUAAAACUCAUCAAAAUCCAUGAUUUGGUGUUCUUGUGAAAUUCCUCUCCCUUGCCAUGAUCUUUAACAGUCCUGAUUGUUGUGUUGCACUUGAUUUACUUCAGUGAACAUUUAUAUUGACAUUAAAAUGGUAACUGAUCUUCAAAUAUUUUUUGUUCAUCAUGAUUCAAAUUCACAAUAGAUUUAAUAACGCAAGAUAAUUUUGUCAUGGCAAAUGAAACAUCAGAACAAACGUAAACCUGAACAUUUGUACAAAAAUUGGUUAACACGCGAGCAGGAACAUGUUAUGCACAAACAAUAAAUCAUUUAAUUUAAUUUAAUGACUAUAUACAAAUAAAUCAAUUUCUAAAAUAAUUUCUUUUAAGAAGAAAAUAUACUUACAUAAAAGCAUCAAAAAUAUAACGAGGAAUAAGCUUUUGAAUACGAAAGACUAAAGUUUAUGAACAACAUUAGUUGUCCAACCUACUUAAAAUUAUUUUCUUCAACAUGGCGACAUCGAUGUUGGAAGUGAAAGAUAUUAUGUUUACGAGUGGAGAGAAAAGUUACAUUAAUGUUGUAUUUAUGAAAUAAAGUUAUUCCCCAAAAGUACAGAAAUCUUUAGUUAGUGCAGUGUUACAAAUUAUAGGUAAUUGCAGUUUGUUGUAUAUUCUUCAAAUUAUUUAUUCGUCUUUUGUAUAUUAGUGAUAGGUAGAGACAUGGUUAUAUGGUAAUGCGCGAUAAAACGAAAUAACACCGAAAACCGCUUGAAAACACGAAAUCUCGUCUAUCCUGAUUAUUUACGCUUUUUUUUUCCAUUCUGUAAGGACAAAUCAUUAUCUUCAGCACAAACAAAUAUUUCUGACAGUAACUAGGAGCCAUAUAUAUUAUAUGUAGGGAAGGGAAUUUUUCGGUACUUUCAAGUGGCAUAAAGCGGUAUUUUCAAACCCAGAAAGCGGUACUUUCAGGAAGGGAAAAUCGGUGUUUUCAUAUUAAGUGUUUUAAUGAUUCCGCAAUAGUUUUCUCAUGAUGUAUAAACAAUUUUAACUUUCUGAUGCUUCCAAUUGUGAAUUAAUAAAUGGGGAAGUGUUUUUUAACUGAGGAAACGCCAUAAUACAUAUGAAAAGAAAGCAAAUUGACGCGUGCCCGCCCUCCCUAUAUUAAAUAUCACGUUACUUUACGUGAUAAUUAAACCCAAAAAUAGUUUUAAUAAGUUCAGAAGCAAUUCAGGGAAAAAUGUAUUUCAGCAAUAGGCCUACUCACGUAAUAUGCGGCAACGAAUCUGUGCAACGUCGUAGGUUAUAAACAAAGCGACGAAUAAUAGAAUAAUUCAUUAAAGCAACGAACCAUCUUCGCCCUUUAUUUUUCAUGUCGCUAUAACCACACAUAUUAAUGUACUUCAGAAUAUAAUAGUAAAUAUGGACAAGUUGUGUAAACAAAUGUAUAUUUUUUCUCCUGCUAAACAUGUACAUUGUGACGCCAUCUUGUGAACGGCGAUCUACCAACUGUAUUUAUAUUUUAUAAUAGUAUAAAUUUAACUAAUUAAGUUGUGAAAGAAAGUUUAAAUACUUUUUAAUACAUAGGAUUGAAUAUUAAUGUAGGAACAUAUAAUUAUUUAUGUCAAGUUUAUCUUUUCUUUUUAAUUAUUAAUAUCUAGUUUAUACUUCCACCACCAGGGCAGGGAAAUUUCGGCGAGAUGCAUGCGCACGCAUCUCAUCCCUUCCAAAGAGGAGUUAGUUCGCCCCUCCCUUCAUUUCUUCGUUCCCGCGCAUUUCUCCCUAUAUAAAGGCGAGGUCAUCCACCUGAGAGUCAGUUGAUCGGCCCGACGGCCAGUGUGGCUGGAUUCCGCCCACUGACCAUAGGACGAUCAGAACUACUGGCUAUCCGUUUUCUGCUGCUCGCACCCCUCCUUCGCGGUUAGGCCAGCCGAGGACCUAUCUCGGCCUAGGGAAUUUGUCUCCCUUCCCCCUCCCCUUUCUGGACGAUAGGGUGUACCGUGUGUUUCAAUUCAGUGUAUGUUGUAAAAGCCGAUGCAGGCAACAAAUUGAACUGUUUCUACAAUUCAGGUCAAUAAAAGUUCCGUGAAAAAUA